AUGGGUCUGCGAACCAUGAACUGGGACGAGUGGAUUGAACUGGACAACCACUAUCCUAGGUUCCAUGCAGACAAGAAGCGCCGCAUCGAAGAACGAGGCAGCAAGUGCUUCCAUACACACCCAAGCCCGCAAGUCUUCGAUGGUGCUGUGGAGCUUCUCGAAGAGCUCUGUGGCUACCUACCUGAGCGUUACCCAAGCAUGUUUCGUAAGACUGAACAUGGAAUGGUUAACUUGUUUGCGGACGAGACUUUCGACAUCAGGAAGGAUGUCUUAACGAUGAACGGCAACCGUGAAGAUCCUAUGCAGAUGGCUGCACGUAUGGUGCAGGAUGACCUGGCAAUCAUGUUUGAGAAGGAGGAUGGUCAGAUGUACCUACUUGCUGGAGCAGUUUUGCUGGCAGGUUUCUGGCGUUUGCAGGAUAAGUUGGGCAUGUCUCUUGACGAGAUUCACUACAGCGGCGACGUUCCUGGUUACCACGACAAACUCCGCAAAGGCAUGAACAACUUCUUUCGCCGCAUCAAACCCGAAGCCCCUGUCAAACGCAACAACUACUUCCUACAAGUGGAUGAAGAUCUCGCUUGGUCUUACAGCAUCGGAUCCGAGGACGCUGGUGAGCCCUCCUGGGAUACUGCCGCUGCCAAUCGCGCUAUCGAACAUCAUUACUUCCGCUCCGAAUGUCAAUCACUUCGUCGUCUACCCAGAUCUGGAGGCGUUUUGUUCACGAUCCGUACCUACUUCCACCCCAUCACAGACAUUGCAGAAGAGGAUUAUGUGCCAGGGAGGUUGGCUAGUUCGAUCAGGAGUUGGGGUGAUGAUGUUAGCAAGUAUAAGGGUAAGGCGAAGUAUGGUGAUGUACUAUUGAAUUAUCUGGACAAAAAGCACGAGGAGCAAGUGGCCAAUGGAUUGGACUUGAGCAGGGAGGAUGAGUGCAGAGCGUAUCCAUACUGA